CAGAGGGAGGAGAGGAUGCGACCAGUGCUGUUGAUGGACCGUCUCUCUGCAGAUGCUCGAAUGUGCGGACACAUUAUUUCUUCUGUUAAAUCCUCCUCCAGGCUCGAUUAAAGGCUGUGAAAACUCAGAUCAGGUGACAAGAUGGGGAACGGUUCGAUGAAAUCAAAGCGUUACAAACACGCGGACGGCUCUGCUGGUUCCUCCAACAGCCGAAUCUAUAAAGAUCAGGGGUUCAAAAACUCAUCCCUGGACUCUCUGAGGGCCCGAGUGGACGAGCUGGAGCGAGAGGGCAAGAGGAGGGACGAGGAGCUUUGUGCCAAAGAGCAGCAGAUCAAGGCUCUUCAGGAGCAGCUGGCCAAACAGACUCGAGCUCUGGCCGAGCUGAGCGAGGAGCUGCAGAACAAGUGCAUCCAGCUCAACAAGGUGCAGGAUGUGAUGAAGAACCAGACCUCGGCAGGUUUGGUGUCAAGGCCUCCUUCAAUCAAAGCCAGCGGCAAGAGCAGCCCCAACCUCAGCGUUCGCAUCAAGGACACCAUUAACAGGAGGAAAGGGGCCAAAGCUGGGGUGUCGGCAGAACCCACGUCCAGGACCUACGAUUCCAGCGUCCUGCCCAAAUUCUCUUUCGAGAAGGCCCGGGUAUCAAAGGAUGCAAGUGUGAAGAAGCUGCUGACAGACUCCCUGAACAAGAACCAGUACCUGAAGAGGCUGGAGCUGCAGCAGAUCAAAGACAUGGUGGAGUGUAUGUAUGAGCGCACCUACCAGCAGGGAGAGUACGUCAUCAAGCAGGGAGAACCUGGGAACCAUCUGUUCGUCCUGGCAGAUGGGAAGCUGGAUGUGUUUCAACACAACAAACUGCUCACAUCGAUAACAGUGUGGACCACGUUUGGAGAACUAGCCAUCCUGUACAACUGCACACGGACCGCAUCAGUGCGAGCGGUGAACAGAGUGAGGACAUGGGCUUUGGACCGGGAGGUGUUUCAGAACAUCAUGAGGAGGACGGCUGAGACGCGACAUGAACAGUACCGCAACUUCCUCCGAAGUGUCUCACUCUUGGCUAAUCUACCAGAGGACAAGCUGAGCAAAAUAGUGGACUGCCUGGAGGUGGAAUACUAUGACAAGGGAGACUACGUUAUCCGGGAGGGAGAGGAGGGCAGCACCUUCUACAUCAUCGCACAGGGGAAGGUGAAGGUGACCCAAAGCACCGAGGCCCACAAGGUACCACAGAUCAUCAACACGCUGCAGAGGGGAGACUACUUUGGAGAGAAAGCACUUAUCAGUGAUGAUGUCAGGUCAGCUAAUAUCAUCGCUGAUGAGAACGGGGUGGAGUGCCUCGUCAUCGACAGAGAGACAUUUGAUCAGACAGUGGGCACCUUCAAUGAGCUGCAGAAGUACCUCCAAGGCUACGUGGCAACACUUGAUCGUGACGACAAGAAGAGACAUGCCAGGAGGUCGGUGUCACGUCACCAGAGCCAGCCGCUGUCCCCAGACGUCAUCCAGCUGAAGGAAAUGGUGUCAGCGUUUCCUUCAUCCAGACCCUUUGACCACCUGGAGGUCAUCGCUACUCUCGGGGUCGGCGGGUUUGGACGAGUAGAACUGGUGAAGGUGCAGGGCCAGGACAUCACCUUUGCCCUUAAAGUCAUCAAGAAGAAGCACGUGGUGGACAACAGGCAGGAGGAGCACAUCCACUCGGAGAGGAAGAUCCUCGCUGAGGCUCGCUCGCCGUUCGUUGUCAAACUGUAUCGCACGUUUAGGGACAACAAGUACGUGUACAUGCUGCUGGAGGCCUGUCUGGGUGGAGAGAUCUGGAGUCUGCUCAGAGACAGGGGGAGUUUUGAUGAGCCCACUGCCAAGUUCUGCGUUGGCUGCGUUACAGAGGCUUUCGAUUACCUCCACCGCAAGGGUGUCCUCUACAGAGACCUGAAGCCUGAGAAUCUCAUGCUGGAUGCUGAGGGAUACAUCAAACUGGUUGACUUUGGUUUUGCCAAGAAGAUCAGAUGCGGCCAAAAGACGUGGACCUUCUGCGGGACACCGGAGUACGUGGCCCCUGAGAUCAUCCUCAACAAAGGCCACAACUUCAGUGUGGACUUCUGGUCUCUGGGCAUCCUCGUGUUUGAGCUCCUUACUGGCAGUCCUCCGUUCUCAGGGAGUGACCAGAUGAUGACGUACACUUUCAUCUUGAAAGGCAUCGAGAAGAUGGACUUCCCCAAGAAGAUAACCAAGAGACCCGAGGACCUCAUACGCAAGCUGUGCAGGAGAAAUCCCUCAGAGCGACUGGGCAACCUGAAAAAUGGAAUAAUUGAUAUCAAGAAGCACAGGUGGUUUAACGGCUUCAACUGGGAGGGACUGAAGGCGAGGACUUUACCAUCUCCACUGAAAAGAGAACUCACUGGUCCAACAGAUCACAGCUAUUUUGACAGCUACCCUCCAGAUGAGGACAGUCCUCCUGAUGAGCUGUCUGGCUGGGACAUGGACUUCUGAGACCUUCUGCUCCAUCUUUCCAUUGUUGUCCUUCCUUUGUACACCCUAACAACCGAAACUAAUGGGAAAAGUGGGUUUCCAGGUGACCUCCCAUCACCUCUGGCAGCCGUGGUGGAGGUCGUCAUGUUCUGGGCGACUGUAGCUGAAAUUCGCUGGUUACUUUAUAAGGUUAUGAUUUGGGCAUCUUGACAAAAAUGAAGAGUUAAAGGAGAAUUCUCCGUUGAGUUUGUUUUGUUAACAUCACUGUCAUUUUGGAUAAUAAAUCUGAUUGGCACUCCAGUGAAUGAGGUACAGCUUAGAAGUAAAGCAGCAGUAGCACGUUAGCUUAAAAGCUAAAAUCCAUAGUACGAAAAGCUACUGAGGUUCUCCACAAUCUCCUUCUGAGAAAUGCUGCACUUCUGUGUUGCACUUAAAUCCACAACAGCCGGCAGGGUGUAUGGGUGGGAAGCCAGUGAGGGAUCAAGUCUUUGGAUGGCAGGGAAACUUGUGCAAAGCGAGUAAGGCAUGUGUUAAAAAAACAAAAACAAAAACAAAAAAGCACAUGUAUGCGUGACUUUGGAGAUCAGUAAAAAGAAUCAGCUCAGCUCAUAAUCGAUUCCAAAAUAAUAACAACUUACAAGUCCUGGAAAAAAACAUGUUUUUAAAUUCUGCAGUUGGGAUUUGGACUUCAUGCGCUUCAGGCUAGAGUUCCAGUU